ACAUUAAAAUAAUAAUAACCGUGAAAUGAAGAACUCUCUAUAUAACAUAUGUUGUGAAUCAUGAUGGAUUCAUACAUAGGUCUCAUUUUCAAAAUUCAUUUCGAUUUUCUCUUGCAUUUUCAUCCUCAUGGAUUCUCAGUUCUUGCUUGGUAUUGCUCUUUCAUCUAUUGGUGGCUUUAGCACUUCAAUUGGUGCACUUUUUGUAAUAAUGAGUCAAGCUCCAAGUUUGAAGAUGCUUGGACUAUUACAGGGUUUUGCUGCUGGUUUAAUGCUGAGCAUAUCAUUCUUUGAUCUUGCUCACAAUGCCAUAAACUCACUUGGCUUUCUCAGAGGAAAUCUUUGGUUUUUUUCUGGUGUCAUAUUCUUUGCAAUUGUUGCCAACUUUAUACCAGAACCAACAGCUCCUCCUCCAGACAAGAAGGGCAAAAAGGUUGGUAAUGAAGAAAACAAGAACAUGAUGAAAAAACGUCGCCGUCAAGUUUUAUUCAGUGGAAUUAUUACUGCCAUAGGUAUAAGUUUACAUAAUUUUCCAGAAGGAAUGGCAGUGUACCUUGGAUCCAUGAAGGGUCUUCGUGUCGGUCUUAACCUUGCAUUGGCCAUUGCUCUACACAAUAUCCCUGAGGGUGUUGCUGUCGCACUUCCUGUUUAUUUUGCGACCGAGAGUAAAUGGCAGGCAUUCAAAUUGGCAUCACUUUCUGGUUUGGCUGAGCCCCUUGGUGUUAUUAUUGUAGCAUGUCUAUUCCCUACGAGCCUAAAUCCCGAGAUUCUUGAAGGUUUGCUGGCAUCAGUUGGUGGUGUUAUGGCUUUUCUAACCCUUCAUGAAAUGCUGCCAUUGGCUUUUGAGUAUGCUGGACACAAGCAAUCUGUUAAGGCUGUCUUCUGUGGGAUGGCUUUCAUGUCUGCAAGCCUUUAUUUUCUACGUAUCUGCUUACCCGAGGACACUGGCUUGUAGCUGGGAGCUUCAUCUUUUCUGAAUGAGAUGUAUGUCACACUUCCAUUGCAGACUGUCUUAGAUCUGCAGCAAGAUGUCUACAGAAUGAGACUCACAAGCUUAGAAUAACAAUAUUGUGCAACCAUCAAUAGAGUAUAGCAUAAAAAUGUCGGAUAUGUAUUACAUAAGGUUUCCCCUCCGUUUCAUACAGUGUACAAUGACGACUAGGAAGGACAAAAUUGACGUUCGGCUUCUUUUUAAAUUUCACAAUUUGUAUAUAUUUAUUUAGUUAUUAAUGACACGGGGAAUAAUAAAUAAUUGUAAACA